UUCUCUGAUCCAUAUACCAAAAUCCAAAACUAUCCUAUUCCAAGUCCUAUAGUUUCCCAAACUUUGUUGUUGGCAAAUGCACCAUAGUGCCAAGCCAUGAGAAAAAAAAAAAAAAAUAUAAUAUGGUUUAUGUCAGCAUUUAUCUUGAAACAGUGGUUGCAUCUGUUGUCAUUUGUGAUUUUAAUUCUGUUGAGAUGGGAUGGAACUAAACAAUGGCCGAAACGUAGACGAUUGAUGAUAUUCUACCCUUACGUUGAGUUGAGUCUUUAUAGAUUCCUCCGUAAUUGUUAGAUACAGGAAUUAAUUUGUGUUUAUCCUGGUAAUAAACUAUAAUUCGUGACUUUCUUGUUAUUUCGUUUAAAUUAUCAAGUUUGUAAUUAGUUGGAUCGUUGUUUUACAAUGAAGGAGAACAAGAGGAAGUGCCUUAAGUGUGGUUCAUCGCCUGCCGAUAAUCCUGAGACAGUAUUAUUUAGGUUUCCAAAACCUGGCUCUACAAAUGUUACUCGUUGCGAAUUAUGGGCUAAAUAUUGCUGUCCAGAUAAACAAUGGUCUUCAGUCAGCUUCCAGUCAAAACUUUAUUCAGAACAUAGAAUGCUAUGUCAUCGGCAUUUUAAAGAAUCUGCUUUUGUGGAUUUUGCAUCAAAGAAAUUGAGACGUUUUGCUUCUCCAGAUGUAGAGCUGGUGACCUUACCAUUUUUGUCAGUCAAUAUGGAUACGAGAGCAGGUCCAUCUGAUAUAACAAAUACUUGCAUGAGCAGAGAAAUUUUUACUGAAUCCUCAAAUGUAUCAGGACCUUCAAACAUACAAGGACCAUUAGUCUUACCUGGUACAUCAAAUGCCAGUACAGGUGGAGUUAGAAAAAAUGAAGACAGAGCAUAUAUGAAAUGCAAACAAUAUAUGAGAAAAAUCUGCCAAUUAAAAAAAAAAAUAAAAUGUAUGAAUAAUAAUAAAUAUUUACAAAAAUUUAAUUCUGAUGAAGGAAUUAGGAAACUGGCAAAUAAAAUAAGUCCCACAUUUUCAUUGAUGUUGCAUGCGCAACUGAAAAAUUUUAAAAAACAUGCCAAGGGUCGCAGGUGGACUACUGAAGACAAAAUUAUAGCCCUCAGACUAUAUAAGAGGUCCCCGACCUGCUAUAGACUAUUAAGAAGAAUGUUUUGUCUUCCUGCACCUACAACUUUAAAAGUUUUAUUAAGUAAAUGUUCAAUGAAUGUUGGCAUAAACCAACAAUUAUUUGAAAUUAUUAACAAAUACAUUUCUAAACAAGAACCUGAAGUGAAUGAGUAUGUUCUCAUGUUUGAUGAAAUGUCAAUAAAAAAGCAUCUUUAUUAGUAUGUUAAACAGGAUGAAAUUGAAGGCUUUCAAGACCAUGGGGUGCAAGGCAGAUCCUCACAACUAGCUACACAUGCAUUAGUAUUCAUGAUUGCAGGCAUUAGAAGAAAAAUUAAACAACCAAUUGCCUAUUAUUUAUCUAGCUCCACAGUUAGUGCUGAUAGAUUAACAGUUUUAAUAAAAGAGGUUAUUGGACAAUGUCAAGAGCAUAAUAUUAAUAUCUCUGCUACUGUGUGUGAUAUGGAUGGCGUAAACAGAAAAGCCCUAUCAAUCUUGGGGGCUACUGCAAAUUGCCCUUGUUUUAAAUUAAAUGACAAGGAAAUUGUUGCACUAUUUGAUAUCCCUCAUUUAAUUAAGUGCUUCAGAAAUUUAUUUUUGAAGUAUGAUAUUAAAUGUAACACAGAUAUAACAUCCGAUCAAGGAGAACAGGGAACAGGUAUAGCAAAGUGGAGUCAUAUUGUCCAGUUUUAUGAACUAGACAACUCUAAUACUAAUUUUGUGUUCGCAUGCAAAACAAAAAAUGCAAGUAAAAUUGGCAGUACAAAUUUUAAGUCAUACAGUAGCGGCAGGAAUGUAUGCCAAAAUAUCUCAAGGAUUGACUCCAGAAGCUGUCGUGACGGCUAACGUAAUCGCAAAAAUGGACAAGCUCUUCGAUACAUUAAAUAGCGACACGGCAGAUUUGCGGAGAGGAAAGCCUUUAGCAACAAAUAUGAAAUGUUCUACGAGAAACAUUACCUUCAUUAAUGAAAUGAAAUUAUUUUUUAAAAACAUAUCAUUUAUUGGGUCUUCACGAAAACCACCUUCACAGGAAGGUUGGGUGUGGACUCUUAAUGGAGUUGAAAGGUUAUGGAAUGUAUUACGACAGAAACACAAUACUAUAAAAAGUUUGGCCACUAGAAGAUUACAACAAGAUCCACUUGAAAAUUUAUUUGGAUGUAUUAGAGGAAAUUGUGGUAGUAAUCACAAUCCAACUAGUGGCCAAUUUAAAGCAGGCUUAAAAACUGCUAUUUUAAGUAAUCUUUCCCAGAUGGGUGGAGGUAAUUGUGAAAUGGACCAAAAUGAGACCAUAAUUAAUAAUUUUAAAUCUUUUUUGAAGCCUUGUGUACGAAACACUCAACAGAUUGCCGACACUGCGGCUGAUCCAAUAUCUUCUAACCAAUCGGCGUUUAAUGAUAUUGAUGAAAACAUUUUAGAAGAAUGUAGUGGCGAAAUACAAGCUUGCACUUAUGUGUGUGGGUUUAUUAUUAAAAAAUUCAAACAUGAGUGCAAUGCUUGUAAAUUAAUUUUUACCACCACAGAGCAGUCAAUAAUGCACACUUUUAAUACAUUUAAAGAAUACAAUGAUUUAAAGCAAGUAUUAAAUUAUGCAAAUAAAAACUUUGUAAUGUGUGGGGAAAUCUGUGCAACGAUAGUGAAUACUUAUUUAAAAAUAAAUGCACAUAAAAAAGGAUUAAUGAAAAAUAUAAUAACUGUAAUAAAGGAAAAAAUGAAUUUUGAUUUUUUAAAUGAAUGUAUGGAGCAUAAAAACACAAAUUUAAAUUAUAUUAUCAAAAGUGUGAUCCUAAUAAUAAUUAAGAGAUAUUGUAUAAUAAGAAAUAGAUCUUUUUCGGAAGAAACGUCGAUGAAUGCUCUUAAGAAAAAAAUAAAUAUUUUACAACAUUUGUAAAAAUUAUAUAAUUCGACGUUUCUUCCGACAAUAUCUCUUAAUUAUUAUAAUACACUUUUGAUAAUAUAAUUUAAUUUGUGUAAUUGUGCUCCUUACAAUCAUUUAAAAAUCAAAAUUUAUUUGUUACCUAUUACAUAAUGUCUCUGUACACCUGUUCA